AUGGCAGCUGUAUUUUUACCAAAUGUAUGGAAACAGCGUCAGUAUAGACAUACUCCUCAUGUUCAGCAUCUUGAUGAUGGGGAAAUGCACGAGAGGUAUCGUUUCACAAAUGAUGGCGUAGCAUUUUUGGAGGAUAUCUUGAAGGAUGACAUAAAAAGAGACACUCAAGGGAACAGAGCCCUCAGUGUGCGACAGAUGGUUCUUAUAACCCUUCGGUUCCUCGCCACAGGGGCGUUUUUCAAUGUUAUAGGAGACAGCAUGGGUUACCACAAAUCAACAGUUUCUCGUGUGGUAACCCACGUGACAGAUAUUAUUUGCAAAAGAAUGAAACGAUUCAUUGUAUGGCCUUCCGGCGAAGAGAAGAAUAGAGUGAAGAGCGGAUUUUUCACAUCGGCAGGCUUCCCUCACGUAGUGGGGUGCGUUGACGGGACACACAUCCGUAUCCAGGCCCCUUCUGUUGAUGAGCCAGCUUAUGUCAACCGAAAAGGCUAUCAUAGUAUCAACAUGCAGGCAGUUUGCGAUCAUGAAGGAUUGUUCACAAGUGUCAACGCCAGUUGGCUGGGCUCGUGCCAUGAUGCACACGUGUUCAGGACAUCAGGGCUGUCCAACAGGCUACAAAGAGACAAUCAAUGUCUUGAAGAUGGGGUGCUUCUUGGAGAUAGUGGGUAUCCUUUACGGCCAUUCCUCAUGACGCCGUUUAUGAACGCUGAUACUCCUGCCAAGGAGAGGUACCAGCUAGCCCAUACUAGAACCCGGGUUUGCAUAGAAAGGGCCUUUGGUAGGCUCAAGCGGCGCUUCCACGUGUUGCACAGUGAGAUCAGACUAAGUCCAGACAAGGCCUGUCGCAUAGCUACAGCCUGUGCAGUUCUACAUAAUGUAGCAGUCAUGUUUAAUAUGCCAGAGGUAGAUGAUGUAGAUGUCAUACAAAACAUUGAUAAUAAUGUGCAGGAUGAUGUUGAAGCUCUCCCUGCAAACGUUGCCCGUAAGCUCGAGGUGCAGGGGUCCUGUUUCACUUCAGUUGGGCAUGUUGGCUCGAGAUCAGAGGGCUCCUCUCCCUCCUGUGGGACCACUGAUGGGAUGUUAGCAAUAUAG